AAGGUCUCUGUUGUCAAUGUCAAUGGUAUUACUGUCAGACAUCCAUGUUGUACUGUUUAUAAUUGCCAUAUUCCACUUUCUAACAAUCAUCAUCAGUUUUGUCCUACUUAUACCAACCAAAACAAUGAGUGCACAAUUAUUGAAUGUACACUGCCCAUCACUGGAGGUUGUCACACAUGU